UUCAUCGCAUUUUCUUAUAACACAGAGUCAAUCAUUUGUGUGAAAAGUAAAUUCACAAUCGAAGUUCCUCACUCCAGCCACGUAUAAAGAAUUACCUUGAAGUUGGAUCAGGGCCGGUGAAUAAUUUUAUAGUUUAUUGUCGUCAGUUUGAUUUUUGUUCAGUUAUCGUCAACAGUGUUUUGUAAUCGUCCAGUAGAACAACUUCAAGAUCAUUUUUUUCGAUACUUAAUUACUACCCAAUACUACCUCCUUUGGACUAUCAAAGAAAAACACACCGUGUUUGAAGUUAAUAGUAUUUAUCCAGUCAUUCAACGAAACAUUGCGGUUUUGGUUGUUCAGUCCAUGCGCGCCUGAGGUGUCGGUUAACAAUUAUACAACGGACGGUUAAAAUCGCAGUGGUCGUGUUUAGUCACUAUGCUAGAGAGUAUUAGUGCGUCUGGAAACGUGUCUUUGAAGCAAACCUACCCGAUGCAUUUGGAUCGUCCUCGCCAUAAUAUGUCGGCUUAUGAAAACGACCAUAUAGCAGAUAUCAAACACAACUCUACUUCAAAAAACAACCACAAAAUGACUGGAAAACAAUCACCGUUCAAAGGCGGCGAGAGGAGUAUUGUGGAAGCUUUUGCGGAAUAUCCCGGUGAACUUGUAAGGACUGAGAGUCCCAACUUUGUGUGCAGUGUUUUGCCAUCACAUUGGAGGUGCAAUAAAAGCCUACCAGUUGCUUUCAAAGUUGUAUCUCUUGGACCGAUUCCGGACGGAACACCAGUUACAAUAGCUGCUGGCAAUGAUGAAAAUUACUGUGCCGAGCUUCGUAACUUCACAGCCGUUAUGAAGAAUCAAGUAGCGAGGUUUAACGAUCUGCGGUUUGUGGGCAGAUCGGGGCGAGGCAAAAGUUUUACACUGUCUAUCAUCAUAAACACGAACCCACCUCAAGUUGCUACGUAUAAUAGAGCCAUCAAGGUUACAGUUGAUGGACCCCGUGAACCAAGACGGCCUCGACAGAAGGUUCCGGAUGAUGUACGCAUGCAUUCACCUCACCACAUGAACCCCCACAGCGGCAUGAUGUACCAAGACGAAAUACCCGACAUCCAGAGGAAGGGUAUUCACCAACCCCUCAGCUCCCUACCCACCACAAGUAACAUGAUGAAUCAUUCCCCCCAUGAUGGUACACAAGUAGCUAUGCCUUCUAAAGCAACGUCAUGGACAAGCCCGUACUACUCUGGAAGUUUCUUCACGCCUGGCGUCCAAUCAUCUUCUCUGCAUACUCCUGCCAGGACAGCGUCCGAAACGCCAAUAUCUAUGACAGCUGAACACGAGGCCGCGCAACAAUUGACCCAGUUGAACCCAAUGGCUAGUAACACUUUCACUACGCUGACACCUUACGGUAAACAUGAUUCACGCUACCCGGUGCAGCGGCAAAGUAUUGGAGCGGUUAACGACGUUCGCUUUGCAUAUCCAAGUGCUUCAACGCCAUUCACUUCAAAUCCCCUCUCAAGUAGCAUGGAUACAAAACCCUUUUUCUCACCAUCAUCUUCAUUUCCUCUCCCCUCGCCUGGAGAUCUGUUCAGUACCCCAACAACGCCAGUAACGCUUACGUCAUCACCAUUUUUCCCGACAUCGCCAACGUAUCUAUAUCCACACCUGUAUAUGACAUCGCCAACAGCUCACACUCCUUCAGCGCCUUUCUACGAUGGUUCGUCGCAUCUGCAGAUGUUGCCAACGUCAAACGACAAACAUGAAUCAAAGUCAACGAUCAAAGAGGAGGCAGACAUUUUAAUGAGACAAGAUCACAUGAUACCUUUUGAUGACAUCACACGGCGAAUGGACAUGCCGAUGAGCAAUCACCUUGGGAUACCAGGAAACGACGAUCAUCUACGAGUGAUUAGCCAUUUGCCAGCUGUAACGUCUUCCGGCCACACACUCCCUCCAAGCGAUGAUCGCAAAGAGGACGUCUGGAGACCGUACUAUUCUAAAAUAUAGGCAAUCAAUCAUUAAAUAAUCUACCUAUCGUAUACAUAUUUUUUUAUUUAAAAUGUAAAAAGGAAACAAGUAUAACGCAAUCUGAAAUAAUAUGAAUGAUGAAGUACUUCACAUUUGAGCAAAUGUAAGCUUGGAAUAUUUGAUGAUGUCUGAAAAAAAAAAA